UUAGUGCAGUUGAUAUAUUGACAAAGCCGUUGAAAGAAUAUUGUUCAGUUAAGAAGUUUGUUUCGUGUAUACCGUAUGGAGUAUUCUCGACUAAUAAACUUCAGUAUUUGGCAGCACUAUUAUUAAGUUAAUUGAUAAUAUUUCGUUUACAAUAAUAAAUAUGAUAAGUUAAGCAUUGAAAACAACAGAAGCGCUAUUUUUAUAUUUUAAAGGUAAUCGAUAUUUUAUAAUAAAUAAAUUUACAGAAUUGAUUCACAAAAUCAUGAAUGAAACACAUACUAGUCUUUUACAACAAUUAUACAGUGAGAUAAAGUCAGACAGUACGGUAGACUCGUGGUUAUUUGUUAGUUCACCAAGGUCAAUAUGCAUUAUUUUAACACUGUACUUGACAUUUGUGCUCAAGCUUGGUCCAAAAUUCAUGGAAAAGCGAAAACCAAUGAACAUCAAGUAUAUAAUCCUAUUCUACAACUUAAUGCAGAUUAUAUUUAAUAGUUACAUUUUGACUUACCAAUUUAUUAGACCAGAAGUUGCUAGUUAUUUAUGGAGCCAUUUAUGUCAUCCAGAUUCUACUAAAAGCACUAUUGCACAUGAGAUACAUACUGCUUCGUGGUACUUCGCAUUAUCAAAAAUUAUAGAUUUAUUAGAUACGGUGUUUUUUGUAUUAAAAAAAAAACAAUCGCAAAUUUCAUUUUUACAUGUUUAUCAUCAUGUUAACAUGGUAAUAACUUGUUUUGCCCAAAUCAGAUUCAUCAAAAGUGAAAAUGCUGCAAUCGGAACCAUCAUUAAUUCAUUUGUUCACGUAGUCAUGUACAGUUACUAUUUUUUAACAGCACUUGGGCCAAGCGUGCAAAAACAUUUAUGGUGGAAAAAAUACCUAACCCGUAUACAAAUUAUCCAAUUUAUAAUAGGUAUACUUUACUGUAUCGGCCUCAUUGUGUUUAAUUGCACUCAUUCCAAAUUAUUUAUUCUGUACAUAUUGGUCGACGUAUUCAUAUUUCUUUAUUUGUUUUUAAAAUUCUAUAAAAAAACAUAUAAAUCGAAAGGCAAGAGUCAGUAAACCCAACAACUAUUAAGAUAUUUGAAUACGUGUGCAUGUUUGUGUGUAUUACAUUUAUGUCAUUAAUUUGUCAUUAAUAAUAAUACUUAAUUCAAUAUUGAUUAAAGUAAAUACACAAUAAUGAUUUGUUUUAAAAUGUAAAUUUACAUAUUUUAUAUCGUCUACAUUAUAAUUAUAUUGAAAUUUAAAACUAAAUAAUGUUUAUUGCCAAUAUAAAUUUAUAAGUUGUGAUUUCAACUAAAUCAUGUAUUAUAUUUAAAUUACACG